AUGUUACCAUCUCGAAAAUCCGAUCUCCGAAAAUGUCGAUAUUGUUCACAUUCCCGCCCUUUGAAUCAAAUGAAACGAGUAACAGAUGAAAAAGUGGAUUUGGAUGAAUGGAUUCGAAUUCUUGGCAAAAAAUUCGAGGAGAAUAUCAAGAAGACACAGACCAAUUUCAUUUGUCGAAAUCAUUUUGAUAUUAUUGAUUGUGAUGGAGUUGCACAUGGUUUACCAAGUCGAAUGAAAGAUGAAAAACAAAUGGUUGGAGUUUGAUUUUUGGGAGGGAAACAUGAGAUUUGAAAAUUGUGACAUGGAAGAGAUCAGGUUCAAAAAAAUAUAAAUUUCGAAGAGAAAAAUAAUUUCUUUAAUUUUCUCAUUCAAAAUUUUAAGCUCUAAAAACGUUCCCGAAAAAUGAGAUAUUUUCUAUAAAAAAAGAAUUCUCUGGUUCUUUUUGUUUGCAUUUUUUUUCAAAAAUGUAAUAUUAUUCGAUUUUUCAUUGCAAAAAAGUUGCAAUAUUUCCAGCAGCGCAGAAAACGAGCAAACGAAAAAUCAAAGUGCCGUUAUUGCGACAAAUCGUGCCCUCGAAAAGAAAUGCGUCGAGUUACCGAAUGUCAAAGGGAUUUGGCCGAAUGGAUUCGAAUUCUUGGACCGAAAUUCGCUGAAAAUAUCAUGAAAUUGAGGACGAAUUUCAUUUGCAAAAAUCAUUUCAAGCGAUUUGAUUUGGAAGGACGUGCAAUUGGAAUGCCUUUUAGAACGAGUGAUGAAAAAUUGGAAGAAGUUGGAAAAUUGGGGGAAGAUUUUGAGGAAGAAGAAGAGGAGGAAUUUGAAGAUGAUAUGUAUAUGGUAUGAUUUUGUUGUUGAUUUUUGGCACCAAAAGUUUCUGAAUUCGAAUUUUUCAGAGCGAAGGUGACAGCUAUUUGGCUCAAAAUCUUCCAACAACUUCUCGAGAAGCAGAAAAAGAAAAUGAAAAUCAGAAUAAAAACCAAUUUUUGGUAUGUGAUUCUACUCUACUAAUUAAUUAAAAUUCCCAAUUUCUUCCAGGGAACAUCAAAUUUGUUGCCAGUAAAACUAAAAAUCGUCACAAUUGCUCAAUGCCGAAUUUGCUCAAUUCGAGCCGAUCAAAAAGUGAUGAGAGAAGUGCCGAAAAAAUGUGCGGAACUUUUUCGAUGGUUCGAGAUUUUGGGCGAGAAUUUUGUGGAGAAUAUUGUCGAGAAUUCAGCACCGCAUUUCAUUUGCUCAAAUCAUUUGAGAGAUUUUUGCAUUUGA